CAUAUACAGUAUGGUAGAUAUAAAUAGAGCUGUUUAUCUGAUGGCCACUUAUUUAAAGCAGAACAUCAAACAGCAAUGUUCAGAGUGACUUCUUUUCCCUACAACACCUAAAAGGACUAUGUAAGCAGAUUUACAGAUCCCAGUGACAGAAAUGAAAUGUUUCCUAGGGCACAAGGACAGUGGAUGCCAUAAUGGACAAAACAAAAACCAACCCCCUGCCCUCCCUGUGCCAGCAAUGGAAUAUAAAAGCUUGAGGCUGGGGGCUUGUGAUGAGGAAUCCUUUGCUGGGAGAGUGGAAACAGAUAACGUUAGACCAGAUUGUUGCUGACAAUUCCUUCUGGAUAUGAAGUCUCAAUCUCAGGACACUCCUUUAAACCAACAGAAGCAUUUGAAAAAGCAAAGGGAUAUUCUUGCUUACCAGAUUAAAAAACUGUCGGCAAAGCAAAAACAGUUCACUGAGAAAACAGCUGAACUGAAAGAAAAAAUAAAAAAGAAGUACGAUGAAAUGAAGCGAGUGUUGGAUGAGGACUUACGGAUCACCAUGUGCCAGCUAGACAUGGAGCAGGAGGCUAUCAAGAGGUCCACUGAAGAGAACAUAGAAAGGUGCUUCCUACUAAUGCAGGACCUGGAGCAACAGCUGUCUGAGACUGUCAGACAUUUGGACCAAGAUGAAGCAAACUUGGACCAGAUUUCAGAGACAGAUAAACAGAUAAUGGAAACUCUAAAGAUGAUAGAUCCAGAGCAUAUCCAAAUGGAUGAAUUUAAGAACAAGCAGCUGCUAAGUUUAACUCUUAAUUUACUGCUGUUCAUCCGCUCACAGGUUCCUGUUACCAAGAAACUAUUCCAGAGCUAUGCCCAAGAGGUAAUUCUAAACCCUGAGUCUGCUCAUCCAAAACUAAUAAUUUCCCCAGCAGGAGACUCUGUUACAUACACAGACACUUGGCAGGAAGUUCCAGAAAACCUUUCCCGCUUUGACACCACACUGAACGUAAUAAGCCUAGAGGGUUUCAAAGAAGGCCGCAGUUACUGGGAGGUGCAGGUCAGUGGAAAAACCUACUGGGAGCUGGGACUCACCUAUCCCAUCAUCCCCAGGAAAGGUCAUGAGGAGCAGUGCUGGCUGGGGCGUGGACCCGAGUCCUGGUGUGUGGAAUACUUUAAUGGUGACUACACAGCUUGGCACAAUGGGGUCCCCCAUGAGCUCACUCAUUUAAAUGGAAGACAAUUCCAAAGGAUUGGGGUCUUCUCCAGCUCCUGUGCAGGCCUUAUGUGUUUCCUUGGCUCAGACACCAUGACCCCACUUUACAGCUUUUGUGUAGGAACAUUUACAGAUGCACUUCAUCAAGCUGUCUGUCCUGGCCAUGACAACCAGGGAACCAACUGGAAACCACUGUUGAUUUGUGAUGCCUCCAGGUCUCCGCCCACUUUGUGAUAUAUAAAAACUGGGAAAUGUCAACGCUCAAAAAAAUUAACUCAAUAACAAUAA